CUCCUUCUCUAAACAGGGUUCUGAGUACUUCACAUUAGGAUGCAGUGGGGGUAGAGUUGCCAAGUGCAUGGCUAAAGCCUGCCGUACUUAUACAUUAACAUACACUUUUUAUUGAAGUGUUGAAGAAAAAAAAAAAAGACAAGAGUUGCAAGUAGUGUAGAGCUCAGAAGAGGGGAGAACCACAAAUUAACUGCAGCAUCACAGCCUAAGAAGUUUGAGCUACAAUUUAUUUGCAGUAUCGCAGCCUGAAGAAAGCCUUUCUCUUUAAGUUGUAAAGGAUUUCAAGAGUGCAAUAUACAUACAUAUAUAUAUAUAUAUAUGUAUAUAUAUAUAUAUCAUUUGUAAGAGGACCAAAAAUUGUAUCUGUAUUUAAAUCAGACAAAAUGAAUGGAAUACAUGCUACAAGAAUAUAUGACUGGACCUUGAGAGUACUUGGUGUUUUUGUAACAACUGGAUUUGUCCUUUGCACAAAUGCAAGUGAAUAUGACUAUGUAAACCUUCAGUCUGACAUUGCUUCAUAUCAAAGUGGGCGAUUUUACACCAAGCCACCUCAGUGUGUGGACAUUCCUGCAGACUUACGACUUUGCCACAAUGUGGGCUAUCAGAAGAUGGUUCUGCCAAACCUCCUAGACCAUGAGACAAUGACAGAGGUGAAAUUACAGGCUAGCAGCUGGGUCCCCUUGCUUAACAGGCACUGUCAUGUAGGCACACAGGUAUUUCUCUGUUCUUUAUUUGCUCCUGUCUGUUUGGACCGACCUAUUUAUCCUUGUCGCUGGCUCUGUGAAUCUGUCCGUGAUGCUUGUCAGCCAGUAAUGGAGUCCUUUGGUUUCCCCUGGCCAGAAAUGCUUAAGUGUGAACAGUUUCCUCAAGAAGAUGUCUGCAUUGCACCAAAUGCAACAGAGAUGACGAAACCUCCAGGGUCAGCAGUGUGCCCUCCAUGUGACAGUGAAGUAAAAACAGAUUCCAUCCUGGAGCACCUCUGUGCCAGUGAAUUUGCCAUCAAGAUGAAAAUCAAGGAGGUGAAACGAGAAAACGGAGACCGUAAAAUUGUACCACAGAAAAAGAAGAAGGUCUUCAAACUUGGAUCCAUAAAGAAGAAAGAUUUGAAGAAGCUGGUGCUCUACCUGAAAAAUGGAGCAGAUUGUCCCUGUCAUCAGCUGGACAACCUCAAUUUCAGUUUUCUCAUCAUGGGCCGUAAAGUAGACAGCCAGUUCCUAUUAACUGGCAUCCACAAGUGGGACAAAAAAAGCAAAGAAUUCAAGAAGGCAGCAAGGAGUAUAAAAAGCCACAAGUGCCCAACAUUUCAAAGCGUCUUCAAAUGAUUAACUUAGCUGAGUUUCAGCUCUUUUCCCCUACUUAGGAACUUGCACAAAUCUUAAAAAGAAUUGAAUACUGAUUUUUUUUUCUAUUGUAUUAGGUUUUUAUCUCACAUAUGUUUUCUUCUUACUCCAAUGACUUUUAUUUGAAGAAGAAACAUCCUUUCAUAUGAUACGACUUCUUCCCUCCCAUGACUUGUCUGGCUGUGAUGCAAAAUAUUUAAAACAGUGCUUUCUGAUGUUAUAUAAUCUUGAUUUUGAUAAUGUUAAGAAUCAUGUUGUAACAUGGUUUCCAACUUAAUUUCACAAUUACAGUUGUUACUCAUCAACUUUCAUCAGUAGUUUGUACACAUCUGAGUUAACUUGAAGGAGGACAUUUUGUACUGGUCAGCAAAAUGUGUUUUUAUAUAUAUAUAUAUAUAUAUAUAUAUAUAUAUAUAUAUAUAUAUACACACACACACACAC